UGCCGCCAUCCGCUACAACUCUGUUGUAUAUAAAAGAACGGAACGACGUAGUAUCACGUCAGUGCUGUUUCAAACAUUGACAGGGAAUUUCGAAAUACAUACGGUGUCAAGGAUAUUCUUUAACUCUGACAAAGAGCGACGAAACGAACGUCCUAGAAAAAUGGUACCCUCAUCUAGUAUGUCGAUUGCAACAAUUUUGUCUGUAUUACUAAUUUAUGGACAACAGGUUUCAGAAGCACAAGGUGUUGUAAUCUUCGACAAUUGCUUCAGAUGUAUAUGUGAAGCUGCUUCGGGAUGUAAUCUUACAUCAGGUUGCGAUGGUCCUGUCUGUGGACCAUAUCGCAUAACGUGGAGCUAUUGGGCCGAUGGGGGCAAGCUAAAACUCGAUGGAAGUCCGGACAGUGAGGCAUACCCUCAAUGCGUAAACAAUCCACACUGUGCGGUUCGCACAGUACAAGGCUAUAUGGAUAAAUUUGCUCAGGAUUGCAACGGAGAUGGUGUGAUUAAUUGCGACGACUAUCUUCGUAUUCAUCGGUUGGGUGGCUACGGAUGUACUGGUCCUUUGGAUGCGAAAUACGAGGACACGUUCAAACGUUGCAAGGAAACGCUUAGGAACCUCGAUUCAUAAACGAUGCAAUGUGAAAAUUCUAUUCUAAAACUGUACUCCAUGAAUUUAUAUUAUUAAAAAUUAAAUUUUCAA